GAGUGGAAUCUAGCCGGCUGGGCAGCCGCCGAGCUCCUGCCAUGGCCCGAAACACACUGUCCUCACGUUUCUGUCGGGUGGACAUCGACGAGUUUGACGAGAACAAAUUCGUGGACGAGCAGGAAGAGGCAGCUGCGGCGGCAGGCGAGCCAGGCCUCCACCCCGCCAAGGUGGAUGGGCUUCUGUGGCAAGGGGACAUGCUUCGUGCAUUCCAUGCAGCCUUGCGGAACUCACCAAUCAACACCAAGAAUCAAGCUGUGAAGGACUGAGCCCAGGGUGUAGUGCUGAAAGUACUCACAAACUUUAAGAGCAGCGAAAUUGAGCAGGCUGUGCAGUCACUGGACAGAAAUGGCAUUGACUUGUUAAUGAAGUACAUUUAUAAAGGGUUUGAGAAGCCCACAGAAAAUAGCAGUGCAGUGUUACUCCAGUGGCAUGAAAAGGCCUUAGCUGUAGGAGGACUAGGCUCCAUUAUAAGAGUUCUUACAGCAAGAAAGACUGUUUAAAAAAAUGAAUCAUGUUACCUUAAGAAUUUUGGAUGCCCAGGUUGGUGAAGAAGGGACUGACAAUGGACCAUAUUCCUGAACUCCCAACUGCAUAUUUCAGGAAA